GUGCCAGACAGCUCUUGGGGUUCCUGCGGUGGGAGGGCCCGAGAGCCAGAGCAGGAGAGAGGGACGGCGAGAAAGCAUAUUUAAAUUUAUUUAAGAAAGAAAAAAAAAAUCAAAAAAAUUGAAGAUUUUUGCAAUUGUUAUUUUUAAGGCAUAUCCAAAGUUCUGGGGAGGAGCUGUAGGGUGGGAAAAAUAAUUUUUGUGCAAACUCCUUAUAAGAAAGGAAGAAAAACCCUUCGAGGACCCAGCACGGAGUAGACUGGGAACCGGAGAUGCUGGACACUAUAGUCCCUGCUCUGCAGGACCUGGACAGGCAGGUUCUGCCCACGCUGCCCUCGCUGGGCCAGGGAGAAGUUGCCACUAUCUGGGGGAAUGUGUCAGAAUUUGUGGAACGGCAGCUAACCCUGCACAAGGGGGUUCAGAUUCCAGGAUUUGGAACUUUCACUUUCACAAGACAAAAAAUUGAGGUGGGAAACAACAAGUUUAUUCUAAUCCAGAGGCCCGUGUUUAUUAUGACGGAGAAAUUAGUGCAGAUCCAUGGACUCAAACAAAACAAAGUAUAUACUCCUGGUGAUAUCCCAAUUGUUCCACUUAAUUUUGUCAUGAUAUCCCUGGAAAGCCCAUUUAACAGGGAUGUAGUGGAAGGAUGUGUGAAGGAGACGUUGCUUUUUUUAUCACGAUCCAUUUCCACCAAACAGAAUGUGGAGUUUACGUUCAAAGGAAUUGGGGUCCUCAUGAUCAAAGAUGGCAAAGUGAAGAUGAGAUUUUAUAAGGACUUCCUUUGUGCCAUGGAUGGAAGUGGGGCUUUGGCAAAAGCCCUAGCAAAUAGGCCUGGCACUGUGGACUCCGUGUUAUCCUGCCAAGAGGCAUUUGGGAAGCGGCCCAGCAGUGUGCUUGUAUUUCCAAGGAUUGAGCUCCAGGAGACGGAGAAAAAGCCACCUAUGGAGACCAUUGGAGAAGAAGAUGGAGAGAACAGAUCAAGGAAGUUCAAGCUAAAAGACAAGUCAGACAAAGCAGGCGAUAUCAGAGAGAUCUCAUCACCCAAGAGACUUAAAGAUAGACAAAUUAUCUCCCCUGCCAAAGUGACAAGCAGCAACUUGCUGGACAAGUUUGAGCGAAGUGGGAAUGGUGGGAAGAUCAUGACCCCUAAAGGCAUAUCAUCUCCAGGUUGUCUGAAAAAUAACAAUGAAAUGAAGCCCAGAACAUCUCCAGCCCAUGCUUGCCAGGACCAUAGCAGGGCAGGACAGGAAUUGUGCUAUGUAUGUUUGCAACGAGCAGAACGAAAUUUCCCGUUGUACUACAGUGAGGAGAGGAGGAGGAGAGAGAUAGAAGAUGAGCGACUCAUAAUGCAGUAUCAGAUGUUGAAAGACCAGGAGGCUCUCUUCAAACACCAGAUGAAAAGUCUGGCUACUAGAGAGCAGAAUCAGAAAAAUGCUGCCUAUAAUCUUGGAGUUGCUGAAGCUAUAAGAAGCCAUAAGAAUGAGAAACCUGAAUUUUAUAAAUCCUUUCUAUUUGAUAAACGGCCACUCAGUCCUGAGCUUAAUGCUCUUAAGCAAGAGGAAUAUUCCCAAAGUCUCCUGAAACAAAUGGAUAACAGACGGGAAAAGGAAAUAAAGGAAAGACAAAACAGAGAGUUGAUGGACCGCCUAGAACAAGUGCAACUCACAGAGGAACUUGCUGCGCAAAGAGCCAAAUAUUUAAAAGAUAAGAUGGAAGAAACGCAGUGUUACAAGAGAGCUUUGGAUGCACAGAUAAGAAACAAACCCUCCCAGCUGCCCAUGUUUGAGCCAGACUCCUCUGAGCCCAUCUUUGGUAAGAAUGAGGGUGAGCUGAUGGUGGAAAAGCGAAAACGAGAACAGAAUUAUAUGAAACACCAGCUGGAGACUGCUGCUGGUCACAAGAGGAAAGCCAUCCUGCACCAACUGGUGGAGCAGAGGCGGGAUCUGCAGAUGCUUCAGAGGACAAAAAGAGAGCAGUUGGCAGACAGAACUGCUGAGCUGGAGCGAGUCAACAGAAUCAACCAAGGCUUACAGGAGGACUGGGAAAGGAGUACUGCGGUGAAGAAGCAGCGGGACAUGGAGGAGAAGGCUUUUGAGCGGGCCUCGGACAAGCUGUUCCUCCUGGACCAGUGCGAGAAAUACCGGCGCUGCAAGCAGUGCCAGAGGCGCACCUCCAACGUGGGCGAGAGCAACCUGUGGCCCCUGAACAAGUUCCUGCGUGGCUCACGGUUGCUUGUGUAAAACUCAAAGUUUGGAUCUGCGUUUCCUGGAGAAAUUUUUUUUUCUUAUUAAUCUUUUACAUGUUUUGGGUGAUUGUGAGACUGCUUAUUUGUUCCUCAGAGAAAAAAAAUCAUUGUUCGGGUUUCAUGCUUUCAGUAGACAGCUUUUUAACCCUUAUUGAAUUCAAGUCGGCAGAGCCUCCCCUCUUGCCUUUCGCCCUCCCUCAUUUACUCCCCCAGCUUGUCUCCCAUGGCAGUGAAGGUGUCUGAAUGGUCCUGAGGACUGGACCCCCUGCCACAGGGGCUGGAGACUGGACCCAGCUUCAUUCUGGAUGCUGAGCCGGCCCUGCCACGCCCUCUGAUUUUGUGUGCAAAACUCCAUCUUUUUUCGUCUAUAAUGAAUAGUGUCACAAUAAAUGUUUUCUAAGCACCUGA